GGAUUUGUGAAUCACGCCCUGGAGCUGCUGGUAAUCCGAAAUUAUGGUCCUGAGGUGUGGGAAGACAUCAAGAAAGAAGCACAGUUAGAUGAAGAAGGACAAUUUCUUGUCAGAAUAAUAUAUGAUGAUUCCAAAACUUAUGAUUUGGUUGCUGCAGCAAGCAAAGUUCUCAAUCUUAAUGCAGGAGAAAUUCUCCAAAUGUUUGGGAAGAUGUUUUUUGUCUUUUGUCAAGAAUCUGGUUACGACACAAUCUUACGUGUCUUGGGAUCUAAUGUCAGAGAAUUUCUACAGAACCUUGAUGCUCUGCAUGACCACCUUGCUACUAUCUACCCAGGAAUGCGUGCACCUUCCUUUAGGUGUACAGAUGCAGACAAGGGAAAAGGACUCAUUCUGCACUACUAUUCAGAGAGAGAAGGACUUCAGGAUAUUGUCAUUGGAAUCAUUAAAACCGUAGCUCAGCAAAUACACGGCACUGAAAUAGACAUGAAGGUUAUUCAACAAAGAAAUGAAGAAUGUGAUCAUACUCAAUUUUUAAUUGAAGAAAAGGAGUCAAAAGAAGAGGAUUUUUAUGAAGAUCUUGAUAGAUUUGAAGAAAAUGGUACCCAGGAAUCACGAAUCAGCCCAUAUACAUUUUGCAAAGCUUUUCCUUUUCACAUAAUAUUUGACCGAGACCUAGUGGUCACCCAGUGUGGCAAUGCCAUAUACAGAGUGCUCCCUCAGCUUCAGCCUGGAAAUUGCAGCCUGUUAUCUGUCUUCUCUCUGGUUCGUCCCCAUAUUGAUAUUAGUUUCCAUGGGAUCCUCUCACACAUCAAUACGGUUUUUGUGUUGAGAAGCAAGGAAGGAUUGUUGGAUGUAGAGAUAUUAGAAUGUGAAGACGAACUGACUGGAACUGAGAUCAGCUGCCUACGUCUCAAGGGUCAAAUGAUCUAUUUACCAGAAGCAGAUAGCAUACUUUUUCUGUGCUCACCAAGUGUGAUGAACCUGGAUGAUUUGACAAGGAGAGGUCUAUAUUUGAGUGACAUCCCUCUUCAUGAUGCUACUCGCGACCUUGUCCUGUUGGGAGAACAAUUCCGAGAAGAAUACAAACUGACCCAGGAACUGGAAAUCCUCACAGACAGGCUGCAGCUCACGUUAAGAGCCCUGGAAGAUGAAAAGAAAAAGACAGACACGUUGCUCUAUUCAGUCCUUCCUCCAUCUGUUGCCAAUGAGCUGAGACAUAAGCGUCCAGUGCCUGCCAAAAGAUAUGACAAUGUGACCAUACUCUUCAGUGGCAUUGUGGGCUUCAACACAUUCUGUAGUAAGCAUGCAUCUGGAGAAGGAGCCAUGAAAAUCGUCAAUCUACUUAAUGACCUCUACACCAGAUUUGACACAUUGACAGAUUCACGGAAAAAUCCAUUUGUCUAUAAGGUGGAGACGGUUGGUGAUAAAUAUAUGACAGUGAGCGGUUUACCAGAGCCUUGUAUCCACCAUGCACGAUCCAUUUGCCACUUGGCCUUGGACAUGAUGGAAAUUGCUGGCCAGGUUCAAGUAGAUGGUGAAUCUGUUCAGAUAACGAUAGGGAUACACACUGGAGAGGUAGUUACAGGUGUCAUAGGACAGAGGAUGCCUCGAUACUGUCUUUUUGGGAAUACUGUUAACCUCACAAGCAGAACAGAAACCACUGGAGAGAAGGGGAAAAUAAAUGUGUCUGAAUAUACAUACAGAUGUCUUAUGACACCAGAAAAUUCAGAUCCACAAUUCCAUUUGGAGCACAGAGGGCCAGUGUCCAUGAAGGGCAAAAAAGAACCAAUGCAAGUUUGGUUUCUAUCCAGAAAAAAUACAGGAACAGAGGACACAAAGGAGGAGGAUAACUGAAUCUUGGAUUGUGGGAUGAAGAGGACUGCAAUUAGGUUCCAUUUGUCCCCAAACAUGUGCCAAACCUAGUAGCAGUUAUUCCAUGUGGAUACAUAUUUUGCACUGUCCUUUUCAGUUAUGCUGAGCCAUUCUCCUGGGUAUAUCUCUCACAUUCAUUAUUCAACUUUAGCUGAGCUUUUGACUAUGUUAUUUAAAGUUUUAGUAUAUUUUCUUAGUAUAUCUAAAGUUAACUUUACAUGUGGAUGAUGUGAGCGUCAAGUGUCUUAAAAUCUACUACAAGCAUCAGUUAACGUGGUGAUUUGCAAGUAGUAGGCCCCCAAUCAAUAUUUCCUGAAUUUAAUUAAAUGAAACUGAACAGUAUUUGGCCAUGUGUAUGCAUAGCAUAGUUUACCAAAUCUGUUUAGUGCUCCAUGUAUAUGUAUAUAUAUAUUUAUAUUUUAAUGACUAUAAUAUAUAACAAAGUUUAUAUAGUGUUGGUGUAUAUCAUUACAGAUAUUAUUUUCUAAAGGAGUGAAUUAUAAGUUUUAGGGAAAAUGCAAUUUAUAUUCAGGCUGCAUGCUAAGAAAAUAGUAACCAUUUUGAAGUUUGCUAAUUUUCCUUCAGAAAUAUGGAAAACACAUCUCUGUUAUUAAAGUACUUGGUAGCUAAUUCAAAUCCUGUGGCAAUUACAAUUCCUCUGAAACACUGUCAUUUGUAUUGCAUCCCUCUUGUUGAUCUCGUUAACCAUGUGCAGCUGUCAUAGAAAGCAGCAUUGUUCCCCCUGGAUUGUUACACUGACUUGGGCUAAAUGUUAGGGGCUCUAACCAAAUCCAAGAAUCAUGCUGGAAAAACACUCUUGAGAUGUUCCUGUUAGAACCUUUCCUGGCCUUUUAUUCUCAGAAAUGAUCUUCUUUUUCUUAGCUUAAAAGAAUGUGAUUAUAUACAGGACACCAUGUUUGGAAAUGUUAGGUUAAUUUCAACAUAGAAUGAAGUACUAUUGGAAUAAUUGGCUUGUUUUUUCUUAAAUAUCUCUGUUAAUUUAUUAAUAUCUAUCUUUAUACAAUAUAAUACAGCUACUUCUGUGUAAAACUGUUUGUCUUUAAAUUUAACAUUUCAUAUCUGCACAUCAAUAUGUGUAUAAAUGUUCUGUUAAUGUAUAAAUGAAUCUGCAAUAAAUUAUUUUUUUCACUUAUC